CUUGCUUCACAUAGGUCCCUUCGCCCCUAUGUACAUUUUAUACGGACUUUGUUGCGCCAUUGAAAUUAUUCGUGUUAGUCACAGUGUGCCGUGCUUUUGAAGUUUACACAAUUGUACCGAAUUUAUGUCUCUAUAUAAUGUUGUUAGUUUGUGUUUCAGAAUAGCUCGCUUCACAUACUGCAGUGUCACCUGGAGCGCGCCUCAAGGACGUCGUCUACAAAGUUUCUUUGCGUUGGAAGUUGAGUGGCUAUAGCUAGCUAGGACUCUGUUUUCGUACUUAUUGGCUAGCAAUGGGUUGUCAUUCGUAAGUAACAUCAGAUAUGUUUUAACUCAAUCAUGAGUUAUAAUAACUAGUCAUUAUUGACAAAAAUUAACAAAGUCCACGCUUUGAAAGGUAGUAGCUUGCUAUCUAACGUUAGCUAGCUAACGUCGCUACCAUUGGUUAUAGCUAGCGAAAUUAGCUAACGUUGCAUGUACGAGUUUGGCGUAACUUGAUAAAGAGAGGCAAUGUUACCAGUAAUCGAAAACACUUUAAAAGUGUUUUUCUAUUUGCAAGUUAGCUUGUUUACUGGAUACGUUAUUUCUACAUUGGCUUGAGGCUGUUAGAUGCUGAUUAUGAUUUUAUACAUUCUAAUCAAUUCCAUACAACUAUGUUUCAGGGCGGAAUAUUCUAAUCAUUCAAUUAACAGAUAAUUCUCAAAUAAGAGGCUAGCAGCCGUGUUUUUGACAGCUUUUUAGAGUAUAACGGUAGUCUUGUCUGUCUUUAGAGGGGCGUUUACCGCAGUUUGCUAAUGUGCAGCACCAGCUAACGUUUUAAUCUGUAACUACUGUAACGUUAACUGUAACUCGCCAGCUAGCUUGGAUAUUAUGUAAUGUCAAUGAGUUUUCUACUGUACUGCAUCAUAGAAUGCUGGUUAUGUCAAUUCUGCUGUCCAUUUAGAAUUUAUAGCUAACGAAUUCAUGUUCGUUUUUGUUUACUGUCUGAGUUAAGUAGAUUGCUAGCAAAAAUAGCUAACUUGACUGCAUCCUGUUGGCUUCUUUUAACAUUUGACAGCACCAUACAUAAACUGUAGCUAGCUACGUCACGUGAGCAAGGGAAUAACAGCGCACGAGCUAGCAAGCUACAUCAAUACUUUUCCAACGGGGAAUGCAGCAAAUCAUUCAGCGCUGCACGAGGAAUAUUUCCCGUGAAGACGGAUUAGAAGCCAUAGAGCUCAGAAAUUCAGCGUUGCACGAGGAAUAUUUCCCGUGAAGACGGAUUAGAAGCCAUAGAGCUCAGAAUUCCAGCAAAGUCGAACUGAAUGGAUAUGAUCUAGUUUGGAAAACUCCCUUGUCUGAUAAAGCAGGAUCAAGAAAUGGAUAACCAGGACAAGAGCUUAGAGAGAGGUGAAGAGGGAAGCUUCUCGGUUAACGCAGGCAGUUCCAAGGCCACCACAUUAACUUCAGUGAUGCAUUUGCCUGGCUCCACACCCCAGCCUCCAGCCAGAGACUCCUGUAACGGACUGAAUGUCACUAAGAUUCAGGGUGAGCUCUCCACAGCAGGGACAACCUCAAUUGGACUCCCUAUAGAGGAGGCUGAAGUGAAGUUAAUGGGCAAGGCCCUGAGAAUGCAGAAUGCACAGAAACCGCAGCAGAAUCAUCAUCAACAGCAGCAGCUGUUUGAGAACUUUGCUCUGUUGGAGGAGAGCAUUUCAGAUUUGAAUCGAGCCAACACCCCAGGGAGAUCCGUACUUGGAUGUUCUAAUUACCUUCUCCCUCUGAAAACUGAGGACUUUUCACCAAUGGAUAAGGACAGGCUUGACAUGGAGACGGUCAGCUUUGGACAGUCACUGAAGGACUUGGAUGUCAACGAGAGGCUCCUUGGUGACAAUACGCUGGACAUUCUGCGGGAUUUGGACUUGCCUGGCUCUCUGUCUGACCUGAAUGAGUUUUACCUGGCUGACGAGGCCGCUUUCCUUUCCUCCCUGUCAGUGGAUGAUGCCCUGCUCGUUGAAGGCAACAUGGAAACCAAGCCCAUAGUCAGUAGCAGUGGGGGAAACUGUAAAAAUGUGAAUGGUGUGGGGCAGCAACUGGGCCCAGGGAUCUCCAUGUCUGUCAUCAAGACCGAGAAGGACUCUGACACCUCCUUCAUCCAGCUUUACACCCCAGGGGUAAUCAAGCAGGAGAACGAGCGCCAGAGCUACUGUCAGAUAUCCAGCCUGGACAUACCUGGUACCCACAGCUCGGUGGGUUCCAUGAGUGGGCCGGGUUACCACUACAGCACAAACACAUCGACGGCAGUGUGUGUACAGCAGGAUCAGAAGCCUGUCUUUGGCCUGUAUCCGCCACUGCCCUCAGUCAGUGAUGGCUGGAACAGAGGCCAGGAAUUUGGGGAUGGAUCAGGGAUGUCAACUCCAUCUUUUCCUGUCAGCUUCAGCAGUCCCACGGCCAGACCCGAGGCCAGCAGCUCCACUUCUUCAGCCCCUGCCAAGCACAGCGGUCCAACCCAUAAGAUCUGCCUGGUGUGUUCUGACGAGGCUUCUGGCUGCCACUAUGGAGUCCUCACCUGCGGAAGCUGCAAGGUCUUCUUCAAGAGGGCCGUUGAAGGAUGGAGAGCACGACAAAACACAGAUGGACAACACAACUAUCUGUGUGCCGGGAGGAAUGACUGCAUCAUAGACAGGAUCCGCAGGAAGAACUGUCCGGCGUGCCGCUUCCGCAAGUGUCUCCAAGCAGGGAUGAACCUGGAAGCAAGGAAAAACAAGAAGCUGAUCCGAUUUAAAGGUCAGCAGGCCACAACAGAGACAAACGCUCCCGCACCUAAUGAAAGGGCCUGCACCCUGAUCCCAAAGUCCAUGCCCCAGCUGGUGCCCACCAUGCUGUCCCUGCUUAAAGCCAUUGAGCCAGAGGCCAUUUACUCUGGCUACGACAGCACCAUCCCCGACACCUCCACCCGCCUUAUGACCACCCUCAACAGGUUGGGCGGACAGCAGGUCGUUUCAGCUGUUAAGUGGGCCAAGUCCCUACCAGGGUUCCGGAACCUUCACCUGGAUGAUCAGAUGACUCUGCUGCAGUGCUCCUGGCUGUUCCUCAUGUCAUUCGGCCUGGGCUGGCGCUCCUACCAGCAGUGUAACGGGGGUAUGCUGUGCUUCGCCCCUGACCUGGUUAUUAAUGAUGAGAGGAUGAAGCUGCCCUAUAUGACCGACCAGUGUGAGCAGAUGCUGAAGAUCUCCACUGAGUUUGUGAGGUUGCAGGUGUCCUACGACGAGUACCUGUGUAUGAAAGUCCUGCUGCUGCUCAGCACAGUACCAAAGGAUGGACUGAAGAGCCAGGCUGUGUUUGAUGAGAUCCGCAUGACCUACAUCAAGGAACUGGGGAAGGCCAUCGUCAAGCGGGAAGAGAACUCCAGCCAGAACUGGCAGAGGUUCUACCAACUCACUAAGUUACUGGACUCCAUGCAGGAGAUGGUGGGGGGCCUCCUGCAGAUCUGCUUCUACACUUUUGUGAAUAAAUCCCUUAGUGUGGAGUUCCCUGAGAUGCUGGCCGAGAUCAUCAGCAACCAGAUACCAAAAUUCAAAGAUGGGAGUGUCAAGCCGCUUCUGUUUCAUCAUGCCUUAAACCAUGACACAAUGCCUUAAAACCCCAGCCUCCCCUCUCGCCAGCCAGACCCACCUGUUUUCCCUGCAGACGUCCCACCAGGUCCCCUACCAGUACGGAUUAAUGUAGUGAGAGUGUGCACUCAAAUCGGUUCCCAGAGGACUUGGGUGAAUAGAGAAUGUGAAAAAGAGAGAGAACAGGAGUGCAAGAUUGACACUGACCAUGAGCGACAUGGCAACAAACUAACUGACCCUUCUGGAUGAAACAAUGAUUCAACUCUUCUGGAAUCGCGUUUAGACCGUGAAUCACUUCAAAAGACUUGAUCAUUGUGAGAUUGGAGGAAUCAAAUUUUAACAACAAAAAGAGAAAGGAAUAUUUUCUAUUGAUUUAAUGCAUGCACAGACCGCUGAAACGUUUACGCAAGAAUAUCAGAAAAGGGAAAACGUGCCUUUUUUUUUUAGCUUUACAAGCUUUCCAUAGCCAUUUUUCUCAAACUGUCAAAUGCAAGUAUUUUGCAUAGGAAUUUAAUAUAAACACCUUUGUAUGUAUUUGUGUCUGUUCUCUUUCUAAGCAGCCAUGUUUAUUUUCUAAAAUGUGUAGUUAAAUGAUCCCUGCAGUUAAAUGAUCCCCAGAAGUGAAGUGUACAGUAAAUAAUAAAACCAACAAUAUGUUCAAUUCCAUUCUCCAAAACCUUUCAGCAGUUGUUAUGCUCAAACAUUAGGUUGAAUAGAAGGUUCCUGCCCAUGUCUGAGCGUAAGUCACAGACAGAAUAUCAGGGUUCCCCAAAGUCAUUAAUGGGCCCCCCUGGGUCCGAGUUUAGUUUUUUGCCCUAGGAAUACACAACUGGUUCAAAUAACCAACUCAUCAUGAAGCUUUGACUAUUCCAAUCAGCGGUGUAGUGCUAGAGCAAAAAAAAAAAAAAAUGUGCACCCAAGGGGGGACCCCAGGACCGAGUUUGGGAAACUCAGUAGUAUGUCAUAAUUCAACAGUAAGAAAAAAAAGAUCAGAUCAACUUCAUGAUAAAUCAUGUCUUCAUGAUAAAAGCAAGAAUCCAUCUUAAAACCAUCCAUGAUUUGCGAGUUAAAUGAAAAUGGCAGCAUUGGGCUGGGGAGAUGGGAUGGGAGUUUGCAGAAUUGGCUAAUGAUCAUAUGAUUGGUGUGUAUAUGUGAGUGAGAGAGCGCAAAAAGGAAACGGCCUGAACACGUUGGUUUGUUCAUAUGAUAUUAAAACGUAUGUAUCUAUUUUUUAUAUGAUCCGUCAAGCUGAAUUUUAGAGAGCAUACGCACAGUCACUAUUCUCUGGGAGUUGCAAACAAAUUGUUAAAUUGCCCAUGCUUAAAAGAAAAAUCCAAUUAAGUGAUGUUUUUUUCAUUGGUCUACUGUUGAAACAGUCCAAAAAUGUUACCAGUCAAGUUUUCAAGAUGUAGGAUUUUCAAGAAGCAACGUGUCACUUGCCACAUCAUCAUCAUGAUGAUAUUGCAUUUUGCAUCAUCAUCAUCAUGAUGAUAUUGCAUUUUGCAUCAUCAUGAUGGUUUAAAAGUCACCUGUAUGUAUUAUUCUAGUGCCAAACUGCAAUUUGUAUUCAAAAUAUGAAAUGGAAAAACAGCAGAACUGUGUAAUUGUUACACAGAAUUUAUUUAGCCGUCCUCACAUUAGUUGACAUAACAGUUUUCACCCCCUUGGCAUCACCCCCUUGGCAUUUUUCCUAUUUUUUUGCCAUACAACCGGGAAUUAAAAUAGAUUUUUGGGGGGUUUGUAUCAUUUGAUUUACACAACAUGCCUACCACUUUGAAGAUGCAAAAUAUUUUGUAUUGUGAAGCAAACAAAGAAAUACAACAAAAAAACUGAAAACUUGAGUGUGCAUAACCAUUCAACCCCCCAAAUCAAUACUUUGUAAAGCCACCUUUUGCAGCAAUUACAGUCCCCAGUCAUACCCCAGUCUCUUGGGGUAUGUCUCUCUAAGCUUGGCACAUCUAGCCACUGGGAUUUUGCCCAUUCUUCAAGGCAAAACUGCUUCAGCUCCUUCAAGUUGGAUGACUUCUGCUGGUUUACAGCAAUCUUUAACUUAUACCACAGAUUCUCAAUUGGAUUGAGGUCUGGGCUUUGACUAGGCCAUUCCAAGAAAUGUAAAUGUUUUCCAUUAAACCACUUGAGUGUUACUUUAGCAGUAUGCUUAGGGUCAUUGUCCUGCUGGAAGGUGAACCUCCGUCCCAGUCUCAAAUCUCUGGAAUACUGAAACAGGUUUCCUUCAAGAAUUUCCCUGUAUUUAGCGCCAUCCAUCAUUCCUUCAAUUCUGACCAGUUUCCCAGUCCCUGCUGAUGAAAAACAUCCCCACAGAAUGGUGUUCUUGGGAUGAUGUGAGGUGUUGGGUUUGCACCAGACAUAGCGUUUUCCUUGAUGGCCAAAAAGCUCAAUUUUAGUCUCAUCUGACCAGAGUACCUUCUUCCAUAUGUUUGGGGAGUCUCCCAUAUGCCUUUUGCGAACACCAAACGUUUUUUCUUAUUUUUUUUCUUUAAGCAAUUGCUUUUUUCUGGCCACUCUUCAGUAAAGCCCAGCUCUGUGGAGUACAUGGCUUAAAGUGGUCCUAUGGACAGAUACUCCAAUCUCUGCUGUGGAACUUUGCAGCUCCUUCAGGGUUAUCUUUGUUCUUUGUUGCCUCUGAUUAAUGCCCUCAUUGCCUGGUCCAUGAGUUUUGGUGGGUGGCCCUCUCUUGGCAGGUUAUUAUUUCCAUUUUUUAAUAAUGGAUUUAAUGGUGCUCUGUGGGAUGUUGAAAGUUUCUGAUAUUUUUUUAUAACCCAACCCUGAUCUGUACGUCUCCACAACUUUGUCCCUGACCUGUUUGGAGAGCUCCUUGGUCUUCAUGGUGCUUGGUGGUGGUGCCCCUUGCUUAGUGGUGUUGCAGAGUCUGGGGCCUUUCAGAACUGGUGUAUAUCUACUCAGAUCAUGUGACACUUAGAUUGCACACAGGUGGACUUUAUCUAACUAAUGAUGUGACUUCUGAAAGUAAUUGGUUGCACCAGAUCUUAUUUAGGGGCUUCCUAGCAAAGGGGGUGAAUACAUAUGCACACCACUUUUCUGUUUUUAUUUAUUUUCAUUUCAGUUAACCAAUUUUGACUAUUUUGUGUAUGUCCAUUAGAUGAAAUCCAAAUAAAAAUCUAUUUAAGUUACAGGUUGUAAUGCAACAAAAUAGGACAAAUGCCAAGGGGGAUGAGUACUUUUGCAAGGCACUGUAUUAUUCUAUACUUCAGAGUGCUAAUUUGUGAAAGGAAUAUUGCAAAGAAAAUGUAACUACACCAGCUAACGGGGAGUAUAAGUAAUGAUUGUUAUUCACAAGAUCUUGUGCUGACGUUGCUUCCAGAGGCAGCUAGGAACUGUAGUGAGAGUGUUGCAGCCCAGGACAGAUGCUUACGCACCUCAGCACUUGGCGGUCCCGUUCUGUGAGCUUGUGUGGCCUACCACUUUGCGGCUGAGCUGUUGUUGCUCCUAGACGUUUCCACUUUACAAUAACAGCACUUAACGUGGGCAGCUCUAGCAGAGCAGAAAUUUGACAAACUGACUUGUCGGAAAGGUGGCAUCCUAUGAUGGUGCCACGGUGAAAGUCACAGCUCUUCACUAAGGCCAUUCUACUGCCAAUGUUUGUCUAUGGAGGUUGCAUGGCUGUGUUUCUCGAUUUUAUACACCUGCCCGCAACGGGUGUGGCUGAAAUAGCCACUAAUUUCAAGGGGUGUCCACAUACUUUGUAUAUAUAGUGUAGAAGUAAUUAUCUCCUUCAAUGUACUCACCACACACACCAGCUUAUGCCAUGUGAAAACCAAGGACAUGCAAGUAAAAUGACUUGUGGAGUGCAAGUGCAGGAACAUUGCUACAAGGCAUUAGUAUUGUGUUUCAUUCAUAGUUCCUUCAUAAUCAUUAGGCCAGGUUAGUUAACAAACACAAAAUGGUAGCCAUGUAGGCUGACGAGCUCAACCAUUCUUCUCAGUCAGGGUGAUGGAAUGACCAUGUGAGACGGAUCCCCUGGUGCUCCUCUCUGUAUGUGUUCCCUGUAUGUGUCUAUCAUGGAUUCUGGGGGCGGGGUUGACAUAUUUUGGCUUACUUUCUCAUAUAAGUUUUACAGAGGACUUUGUCUCAGUUCUGGUUUUCAAUUGGACAAACCAGCUUGAUCACAUCCUAAUGAUCACUGCAUUGCCAUAGAUGUACAUACAGUAGCAUAACAUAUCUCAUGAAAGUGAAGCAGUUUGUUGAUUAUAACAUGUUUCAUGACAACUUUUGACAGAAAAUUUUUACAUACCUGUAUAUUCCUAUCUUUAAAAAAAUAAAAUAAAAUAAAAAAGCUAGACUUAAAAGCCUUGAGAAAGGGAGACCAAGAGCCAUAAAAAUUGGGUUUAAAUUCAGGACAACUUAACUAUCGAUGCUUUAGAAAAUGGGUUUCUUUAAAAAAAAUACAAUAUUUUCAAUAUCAGUUUGAUCCUCUUUGAUAUGAAUAAUUCUACUCAAUAUUUUUGUACAUUGGAUGAGGAAGACGGUCAUUAUUUUAUUUUUCUGUUUGUUGGUUUGUGUUUGACAAAGAUGGAUGUAUUGCAUAUGUACUUAGACAGUGUUAAAACAUGUCUGACUUGUAAGUAACUAUAAAUUAUAUAAAUCAAUGGGAAAGACUAUGAAAGCACUGUGUUUUAGGAAAUUAGAAAAUCAGGGUAUUGGGAGGGGAAGAGUGACUGGAGUAUAUUUUGUAUAGUACAACAGAGUGACCAAAGCAGAGAGAACAUAAGUAUUCGAGCAGUUACAUUUACAGUGGCACUUAUUAUCCAAUUAUAGUGCUUAUUAUUUUAUUUAAAAAUAUUUUGUAAUGGUCUAGGCUUUGGUCUUUUGUAUAUUGCUGUGAGAAUGAACCAGUCGCGUCAAAAAAAAAUUUUUGUUGGUAAAAACUGUGUUUGAACGUAAUCUACCGGAGAGAAUUUGCACUACCACGUUUCAUAAUGAAUAGGAAAUGAGGAAGGUUGUCACUCAAGUCUUUGACUUUCCUCAUUUCCUGGUCUACGCACCACAAACUGCCUAAAAUAAUCUAUAAUGUUCAUUCACUACCUCGUUUCAACUUCAUACUAGUUGAGAAAGUAUAUUUUCUGUAUAAAAUUACAUACAAAUAUUAUCUUUAAAGAUUAAGGGCAGAUCAUAUUUCACUGGUAUAUGGCUUUCAUUAAAGUCUGUUGUUCGUAUUUCAAUUCUGUAAAUGUAAUCCAAUGUAAAGAAUAUAUGUUGUGUAUUUGUUUAAAUAUAUAUAUAUGUAUUACCUCUGUAUUACACCUUCUGUAGUCAAUGUCGAAAUUUUCUCCUGACUAAAAUAUCUGUGUAGUUCUUUGGUUGGGUGCUCUAGCUUCGCUUCAUGACCUCCGAUGGUUAUCAGUUGUUUCUCCAUAUAAAUCUAAAAUAAAGGGUUUCUCAUUCACAAGUAA